AUGAGGUUGGUGAUAGAUGAAGUUGGUGAAGUUGGUGAUGUGUCAGUUGGUGGUGGGAAAAUCUCUGCCCAACGGCGACUCAGAGCAGCACAGCGCCGACCAGCGAAGAAGCCGACGGACGGCCAAAAAGGACGAGCAGGCAGAGACAAAGGAGAUGCGACGGAGGAGUCGGGCUGGCUUACUCGGUCUCUUGCGCUUUGCCAUCUCGGCGCUGUUGGCGGCCUUGGACAUCUCGCCCAUGAUGCUGCUGUCUGCGGUCUGCGGGAGUGGGAAGAAGAAGAAGACAGUGAAGAAGAAGAAGAAGAAGAAGAAGAAGAAGAAGAAGAAGAAGAAGAAGAAGAAGAAGAAGAAGAAGAAGAAGAAGACAGUAACGAAGAGAAGAAUAUAAAAGACGAAGACGAAGAAGACGACGAGGCGAGCUGA